ACCAAUAGGCGUGCAGGGAGGCGGGGCUCGAGCUGUCAAGUGGCCCGGGUGGGCUCGGCCGCGCCAGGAGGGGCGCCGGUGCGGGGAUGCGCGCCCAGGUGCUCACCGUCGCCGCCGACGGGGGAAAGCUGUAGGGUCGCGCCGGGCUGCGGUGGAGCAGAUAUCCACAUUGGAUCGUUUCUGGAGCUGAGUUCAGGACAACCUAAAGGAGAGAGGCGUAUCCGGGGAUAGCUGUCUCUGCACUUACUCUAAUGGCCGCUUUGCAAUAGAGAUCUUACCCGGAACGACCAGAACGACAGCUAAUCCAGCACGGGAGCUGUUUCAUAUCAUUCAGCGGCCUUGAAGCUGGAGGUUUUUUGUGGUAAUUGAGCCGAACUUCUACUGAAUACAAGAUGAAAAUGUGGUUGCUGUUCAGCCCUCUAUUGCUAGUGUCUUUUGCAAGCAGUCUGUCAGAGUUUACCUGGCACAGAAGGUACGGUCAUGGAGUUUCUGAGGAAGACAAAGGGUUUGGACCAAUUUUUGAAGAACAGCCGAUCAAUACUAUUUACCCAGAGGAGUCGCUGGAAGGCAAAGUGUCGCUGAACUGCCGGGCGCGGGCCAGCCCCUUCCCUGUGUACAAAUGGAGGAUGAAUAAUGGUGACGUGGACCUGACAAGUGACCGAUACAGCAUGGUAGGAGGAAACCUGGUCAUCAACAACCCUGACAAGCAGAAAGAUGCCGGCGUGUACUACUGCCUGGCCUCCAACAACUACGGCAUGGUCAGGAGCACGGAGGCCACCCUGAGCUUUGGAUAUCUGGAUCCUUUCCCACCCGAGGAACGUCCUGAAGUCAGAGUGAAGGAGGGGAAGGGGAUGGUGCUCCUGUGCGACCCCCCGUACCACUUCCCAGAUGAUCUUAGCUACCGCUGGCUUCUGAAUGAAUUCCCGGUAUUCAUCACAAUGGAUAAGCGAAGAUUUGUGUCCCAGACGAAUGGAAAUCUCUACAUUGCGAAUGUGGAGUCUUCGGACAAGGGCAACUACUCCUGCUUUGUGUCCAGCCCUUCCAUCACGAAGAGCGUGUUCAGCAAAUUCAUCCCGCUCAUCCCGAUACCCGAACGGACGACAAAGCCGUACCCCGCUGAUAUCGUGGUUCAGUUCAAGGACGUGUACGCACUGAUGGGCCAGAACGUGACGUUGGAGUGUUUCGCGCUUGGGAAUCCUGUUCCUGAUAUCCGAUGGCGGAAGGUUCUGGAACCGAUGCCCAGCACGGCCGAGAUCAGCACCUCUGGCGCCGUCCUCAAGAUCAUCAACAUUCAGCUGGAAGACGAAGGCCUGUACGAGUGCGAGGCGGAGAACAUCAGAGGGAGGGACAAGCACCAGGCAAAGAUCUAUGUGCAAGCAUUUCCUGAGUGGGUGGAGCACAUCAACGACACGGAGGUGGACAUCGGAAGUGACCUCUACUGGCCGUGUGUGGCCACAGGGAAGCCCAUCCCGACCAUCCGUUGGCUGAAAAACGGAUACGCGUACCACAGAGGGGAGCUGAGGCUGUAUGACGUGACCUUCGAGAAUGCCGGGAUGUACCAGUGCAUAGCUGAAAACACACACGGGGCCAUCUAUGCGAAUGCCGAGUUGAAGAUCUUGGCCUUGGCCCCAACAUUUGAAAUGAACCCCAUGAAGAAGAAGAUCCUGGCUGCUAAGGGAGGAAGGGUGAUAAUCGAAUGCAAACCCAAAGCCGCGCCCAAACCAAAGUUUUCCUGGAGCAAAGGGACCGAGUGGCUGGUCAACGGCAGCAGAAUCCUCAUCUGGGAAGACGGCAGCCUGGAAAUCAACAACAUUACGAGGAGCGAUGGCGGCGUCUACACCUGCUUUGCAGAAAACAACAGGGGAAAGGCGAAUAGCACUGGGACGCUCGUCAUCACAGACCCCACGCGGAUCAUCCUGGCCCCUCUGAACGCUGACAUCACCGUCGGGGAGAACGCCACCAUGCAGUGUGCCGCGUCCUUUGAUUCCGCCCUGGAUCUCACGUUCGUGUGGUCCUUCAACGGCUACGUGAUCGACUUCAACAAGGAGAACAUCCACUACCAGCGAAAUUUCAUGCUGGAUAACAACGGGGAGCUGCUCAUCCGGAACGCACAGCUGAAACACGCGGGAAGGUACACAUGCACGGCCCAGACCAUCGUGGACAAUUCCUCGGCCUCCGCGGACCUUGUUGUGCGAGGUAGAAGCAGAAAAGAUGGAGAGAAAAGCAUGCUGGACCCCUUUCUCCCCGUCUGCGCGAGCCUGCCUCCAGCCUGGUGACCACUGGCACCCACCAUUUGUGAAGGCCUUUUUGACCUGUUUAACGUACCCCCCAGCACUGACUGAUUAACUCCAUCAUAGAGCUGCUGCGGCUCCCUCCCGCACCCUGCCUCUUAGAGAAUGUCUCCCCCUUCUUAAAGCUCUAGGGUGCUUUGAGCAGUAAGCUGUUUCCUACAACCAUUCAGCCUCACUAACACCUGAGAAAUGCCUAGCGAAUUAACCCAGCCUCUCCCUGGCCACCCGAAAGUGUUGCGAUUUCGUGUACUGUUGUGCUUUGAAAUUCUGUGUGUCGGCAGUUGGAUCAGCACCUGGCAGGAGUGAAUGAGUUGUGAUACAGGAGUAUCGCCAGCGCGUGCACUGUCUGAUUUAUCCGAGCAGGUCACGAGCAGCGCCACUGGGAUUCGCUGCUGAGUCGUCUCCGUUAGGUUGUGCGGAGAGGGCUGUGGCGCAGUGGACUUCAGGAACCAUGCGUGCUGUUUGGCAGGGAAAGAUGAGGAGCUGCCGCACACAACGGAAGACGGCCCGUGGCUGCGUAGGAUCUGUGGAGUGCCUCCUGGGAUGAGGAAGUGAGCGCCGGACAGCGUGUGGAGGAACGCGUCAUCUCAGGACAAGAUGGAAGGGGAGAUGGCUACGCCCUCAGCCCGUGCCCAGAUAGGAUGUUUUCCUGACUUUCCUGUCCUCAGCCCUGUUGGAUGCUUUCGUCUGGGGCAGAGAGUGAGCUUUUUAUUGCAAGGACUUGGGCAGAGCAGGGGAUUAAAACUGACGCGCGUAGAAUUCUUGGUGAGACUGCUCACGUUUCACUGGCAUUGCUUUCCCUCUCCCCCAGGAGUCCAAAAAAAAUGCUUACAAUUCUUGUUUCUUCACAAGAAGUCAUUUUGUUCUUAAGUUUCUGGUCAGGUCAGAGAUAUUGAGCCAGCUUGUCACUGCGUCCCCCCAGCCAAACUCUCUGCCUUCUGUGGUCAGAAGAGCAGUCAGGAAAAUGCUGACAUGUUGAUGGGAUUCUUAAGUCAUUUUUAUAACUUUAUUUAAAAAAUAAUUGAUUGGUCACCCUACGUGGCUGGCUCGGUGGGUUCCUUGUUUCCACCUUCUAUGCUCUCUAGCUCACUUACUGUCUCAGAAGGAACUCCCUUGGAAAUCAGACCAGGGAUCCAGACGCUUGCCAUUUUAGUAAGACUUAACGCAGCCUAAGCAUUUUCAUCGGUCUGUAAACCACACCCCAGGGACUUGAGUAGCAGUUGUCACCAUGGGCCUCCUCCCACAUAGUCCGUGUCUGAAACGAUUCCCCCAAGUCCAGAUCAGACUAUGGUUUGUGAAAGAAAGAAUGAAAACGGGAUGCAGGGGCACAGAACCAGUGUGACUGGUUCCAGAAAGGGAGGACGUCCAAUUUGGACUUGACGAUGUCACUGUCAAGUCCAAGAGUGGUGCAGGCCCCUGACCUGCCUCCGGCCUCACUCGGUUUUCCUUCCGUCUGUGCCGGAGGUUACAGGAAGCUAAGCUGCCCCAUUACGUGGUAGAGCAGAGUUGAUUCCAUCCAGCUUUGUCGUAGUGAACCUUUGGCUUCAACAAGAUCACCCAUCAUCAGUGUGUGCUUUAUGUCUUGACAGUAGAGCGUGGUCUUCACUGAUCCCUGAUCCGGGGGCAAGCAGGGGCGAGCAGUGACACGGGGACUGUGGUUGUCAGAUCUUGAAGAAGAAGAGCCACCUGUCCUGAUACGACCGAUGCUCUUUCUCUCGCAACGGUCUUCAUUUUAAGAGGAUUUUAUUUUUAAAGGGAGGAUAAUUUGUUAUGUAAUUUUAAAAAAUUUCCUUCAUAUCUUCAGACUUCUCGUUUGCCAUUUUGGUAAAAAUAAACAGGACAUUUGAUGCAGUGAUUUGCUUCCAGUUUCUUACCAGAGCCUGUCUCUCCUCCCUUUCCUCCUCCUUACACCAUUUUGCAGUCAGCAGGGUUCUUGUUCAGUGCAUUGCUAUGUGGAGUGAGUCCCGGAAGGGCCAGUAGCUCUGCAGUGCACCUGCAGCUCCAGUUGUUUGGAUGCCAGUGUCUGGGGGCAGAGGGCACAGGAGACCUUCUGCCUGUUGGACAGCACCGCUCACGUAGUGCCCACGGUGCAUAUGCGGCCACUCCUUGUGCCGUCUGCCCCCGCAGGGCCCUGUGCCUGCUCUUCUGUUCCACUUGAGUUGUCAGAGGAGUCUGAUUGUGGAUUGAGAAUUACAGGCUCAGCUUCUCACGUGGGAACAGUCAUUUGGAAAACACCUUUUCCUGCCGUCUCUCCGCAAACGCCUCACCUCUUGUUCAUGCCUUUCUGAAGGGGAAGUAAUGAAGCGGUUAAGGGCUGUGUUUCUGCUCACUUUUCUUUUUCACUGCAUGUGGACGAGGCCUAAAGAGAAACAGCGCAGUAUCUGACAUUAGUAAGAUUCAAGAAACAUUAACAGACACCUUUCUAGUGAUCAGGAAUGACUGACGUUAUGUCGACUGUGGUUUUAUAGAUGAUGAUGUGUUUAUCUUUGCUUACCUGGAUGGUAGGAAUUUAGACAGCUAUGACUAAUGUAGUACUUUCCGUUAUUUUCUCCAAAGUAUACCCUCCAGCCCAGGGAAUUCAUACUCUCCCUGACAUAAAGGCUACCUGUGAAAAGCUGUCACUUCCAUAGGAUGCUCUUAAUGUUGUCAUCAAGCUGUGGAGUUUUGCAGGUCCUUGAAAAGUUGGUCUCUUGACAAAUUUAUCAGGUUUAACAGCUAGCUUUGCCAUUUACUAUCUAAGUGGCCAUGAUGACUUUAUUUCAUCUGUCCCUGUGUUUUCUCAUAUAUAUGACAAGGCAAAUAAUAGCGCUUGGUGGUAAGGUUAUUGGUAAGAGAUAUGAAAGAUUCGGCCAUGACUCAGCUGUAACCAGUACUUGCUGGAAGAUCAUUUUUAUUAAAGUGUAAACAAAUAUGUCUCCCUGUCUACUCACUCAUAAUUCUGUGUCAUGUGGAUUUCCUGUUGUGAGUGCACACCCUGUUGAACAACACACACAAAUCCAGGAGCACAGUCCUGGGACGUUGUUGGUGUUCAGGUGAUCUCUGGAGGUCUUUUGCUGAUGGUUGCAUUGGAGCCGCAUAAAGUGAAUUUACAGUUCAGAGUUUGCUCAUUUCUGGCCUGUUGUGCAAAACCCCCUGUCUCCUGUCCUGACUCUGCCCUCUGCCGCUGACCUGCUGUUUGAUUCUGACAACAGCCUAUGUAGACUUCACCUCCCUUUUGCAAAACAUACAGGUUUGGCUUAACUGAGCUCCAAAAUGUGUGUGUUCUCUAGGAAAUGUUGAAAUGUGGCUGUUAUCUGCCCUUUCUCAAAAAAAACACACUAUUGAUAACACAGAAAAUUAGGGAAACAGAACAUGGAUGUGAUAAAUUAGACUCCACAGAGACCGACACUGUGGCGUAGCCAGUGAUGCCCCUGCCUGCAGUGCUGGUAUCCGAGAUGGGCUAUAGCUCAAGUCCCGGUUGCUCCACUUCCCUUCCAGUCCCUGGCUGAUACAGCUGAGAAAGCACUGGAGGAUACCCCAAGUUCUUUGGCCCUGCACCCACGUGGGAGACCUGGAAGAAGCUACUGGCUCCUGACUUUGGACAGGCCCACCUCCAGCCACUGUGACUAUCUGUGGAAUGAACCAGCACAUGGAAGAUCUCACUAUCCCGGUCUCUCCCUAAUCUCACUCUCUGUAACUCUGCCUUUAAAAUAGAUAGAUAGAUAGACAGACAGACAGACAGACAGACAGGUUGAUCAAUCUUUAAAAAAAUUAGACUCUGUAGCAAAUGGCAGUUCUGUGCAAUCCUGGCCCUUGACCAGGGGAGAAAGCAGCAGGAACAAAGUACUGCCAUUCUCCGUGGGCGCCUCCAGCCGGCUCUGCAGAAUCCGCUACACAGAAGCAGGACGCUAACAAGGAUUUUCAGGCUGUUAUUUAUCCCUAAGAGAUUUUAUGGCGCCGUCUCCAUUGACCACCUAGUGAGGGCUGGAGAAUAGACUAGUGAGGCAGGUGCACACAGAAGUGGACGGUGAGCGCUCGAUGCCAGCCUCUCCCUGAAGUACUAAAGGUCAAAGAGGGCAGCCACUGACCGUGUGCUUGGAUAGGAAAAGGAAAGACAGAAAAGUCUGCAUUGAAGGCGGUGCCAUUGAUGUUGUGAAGGAGAAAUCCAGUCGCUCGGUGAUGCCUGUCAGUGUUGGGUGUCAUCAGGAAACGAACUCAACAGCUCUGCGGUGGGCUAGGACGGAGGAGCUCCACAAGCCGCAUCUCGGAGGCCGCAGCACAGGGGCAGGAGGUGCUGCAAAGAGAUGUGAAGGCAGAAGUGAACCCGUGAAAGAGAAAGAGAAGCACACUUCCAGCGACUGCCGCUGUCUGCCCUGCCGCUUUUACCUGCUGCUUCCUUUUCCUCUCUCCAGUUCAGGAAUGAACUAGCAUUAGCAGAACUGAUGUCAAGACUUUGCCGGGGUUAACCAAAUAUAUUCCAGUUCCUUUCUCUUUUCCUACUCAAUCUUCAAUAAUUAAAAGAAAGGAAGAAACAAGAGACUAAAAUAACGUGUCGUAGCAUAGCAGCUUGAAUUCCGCAGGCUCAGUCUGUGAUAACUUCACUUUGGGGUGCAGACUGUUCUAGGAGGCCAAGCGCUCUGACCCAGGACGCCCAUGGAAACUGGCCAGCGAUGUUAGCCAAGUGAUGACGACAUCGUCAGGUGUAAUAACCCACCUGAUUAUGUGUUUGCUGGCGUCAGUUCUGUCCGUUAGGAUUUGCUGAGACUAUGCAAUAGCGAAAGCCCAAGAAGGAACAGAAAAGGAGCUCCAGUCUCUGAGUCGCGUGUGGCUUUGCCUUAACCAGACGGGCGGGCAGUUUUCAGUGCCUGCCUUUGGGCUGGGGAGAAGGUAGCUGUGCUGUUUCCUUUGGUGCCACUGUACUUUGCUCUCCUUUCUGAAGAAAAAUCUAAGCAAGCAGGAUGUGCCGGCACCAUUUAGAAACCUUCCUGUGCGAGUCGGCGCUGGCCUGGGCCCGGGUUGAACUGAGACGUCCUCCGUGGUCUCCAGGCCACCACGCUCAUACCUCUGCUUUGGCCACUUCUGAUUCUUCUCCAGUGUGCCCCCUCGUUCUCCCCACCCCGGCAUCAGGUUUUCCAGAAACCCCAUGUAACUCUGAGAGGUCCCCACUUUUUUAGGUGACGAGUGGUACAUGAAGAACCUCUGACAACGACGUGCAAUUGCGAAUAAUAACUGCAACCCAGCAGCUGAGAGCAAUUUGGCUGAUACUGCUGUUCCCACCUAAAAGCUCCCUGGACUGUGCCUAGCGCUGCCUUCUUUAAAGAUGGGAAUUUGACCCUAACAGUGAUCCAGCAUAGUCACUCUGGAUAUUCCCGUGUUACGGAUGAGAACAUGCCAGCCUAGUAAAGUUAGGAAACCUGCUCAAGAUAACUCGGGGCACAGAAUUGAGAGCAAAGUGUGUUUCAAUCUGUGCUUUGGGAUGGUUGGAUUUUUUUCUGUUAUUUUCUGGGAGACGUGUGUAGGCAAUUGCAGUUGGAAAGAUCUACUCCAUGUCAGUUUGCUGGAUGCCCUGCCAGGGUCUGAGGCUGUCUACCUGCUCUGUCUGUCUGUUCUCUCAGCCCCAGACCUUUGGGUGUUGCAGUCUUUUAAGGCAAGUGGGAGAAAGCAGGUGGCAUGGUGAUGACCAUUAGCCCUGCCCGAAGAGUAAGUGUGAUAAGUUCAUUUAUGUACUCUGAAUAUUUAUUAGGAACCCAAUACAGCCCCGAUGUAUGUCACAGAAAAGAAUUGACAGAUAUAAUCAUAGCAUUCUCUGAACAGUGAGCGUGUUACAAUAAACGUACUAAUAUCACGUGGUUUUCAUCUGACCUGUGUGAAAUACAAUUGCUUCGAAGCCUCAAGAACCUCAGAGGCGCGUAGUUGGGAAAUGAUGUCACUCUCGUGAUUAAACACUAACCUAGGGUAGUUUGGUCUUCAGUGGUGCUUGACGUUUUCUGAGUGCCACACCUUAUGCUUAUAGAAGGUGCCUAAAUGCAUGGACUCUCUCCCUGUGCAAAUCGCUCCGUUGAUUUUCCUCGCUCAUUUUUAGUACCGUGAAGGAGCCCUCCGCGUCUCACGUGGGGUCAUGCUCUGUGUGGAACGUCGAGCUUCUAGGUUCGGACCGAGAUGUGCACUGUACCUCAGCGUGGUUUGUGAAAAUGCAGUGUGUUCCCCAUGAGUGUCAGAUGUGCUCCCUUGUAUUUGUGUGGCUGUUUUCAGUUAUUUAGCAUCAAGAAGUCCAUUGUUGCAGAUGACAUUCGUGAUGUGUUUCCAGGUAAUAAAACAUAGUGCCAUCAGUAGGGUCUGUCUUGUGAUGUUUCAGUAUUCCUGCUCGUGGGUGUCCGCUGGGAUGCACAUCCUUGUUCCUGCGUGGACCAGCCCUGGGGAGACUGGUGACGGUUCUGGUGUCAUCUGGGCUUCCACAAGGACCAAGGCCCGUGUGGAGGAAAAGCCCCCCUCGGGUGACUGCAGACAUGCAGGUUCAUCGUGGGACGGCUCACCCACGUCGACCGUGUGUUCAGACCCCGAGUUCCCCUGCUGAUGGUCGCUUCUGCUGCAAGGAAAACAAGUCAGGGUGUUUUCUGAAAUGCCCCUUCUAGGACGCUGCGGUCACGGAGAGCCCUUGUGAGCAGUCGAAGUCAGCUCGCAGUGAGAAAACCCCGCUUCUCAUUUUUCCAGAGAAGAAGUCGUGAUGGCACCUGCAGCACCCUCGUGUGCUUGUGUCGCAGCCUCGGCUGCUCCCUGUGCAUCCGCUUGCAGACACACUUUGCUGUUCCGUCUCAGUUUUCAAGGCAGAGAGUUCUUAAAGGUUCCAAAGGUCUUCCAAGCUCUGGCCCUCGCCACAGUGCUGUCACGCCAGGGGAUGAAUGAAUGACCCCGGUGCUGACGAGGGAAGCGUACGUCCCACACCUCGUCUUACACGUCACAGCGGCACUGCACGUGUCCUGAGACGUCAGGCCAUAAUUUGGUGUUCACAGAGCAUUGCUGAAAUAUCUGAGUUGAUGAUUGUGUCUACUUACUAUACAAUCAAAACAUUUCUUUUACUGUUGUUUACGGUUACUGUUACAACUAGCAUGAAAUUGAUUAUACAAAAUGAUACUUGAAGUCAUUCCCAGAGAUUUCUGCUCCAAAUAAAAAACAAUCACCUACAACAUUUAAGAUUAUAUAAAAGGGGCCGGCGCCGCAGCUCAAUAGGCUAAUCCUCCGCCUUGUGGUGCUGGCACACCGGGUUCUAGUCCCGGUCAGGGCGUCGGAUUCUGUCCCGGUUGCCCCUCUUCCAGGCCAGCUCUCUGCUGUGGCCCCAGAGUGCAGUGGAGGAUGGCCCAAGUGCUUGGGCCCUGCACCCCAUGGGAGACCAGGAGAAGCACCUGGCUCCUGCCUUCGGAUCAGUGCAGUGUGCCAGCCGUGGCGGCCAUUGGAGGGUGAACCAAUGGCUAAAGGAAGACCUUUCUCUCUGUCUCUCUCUCUCACUAUCCACUCUGUCAAAAAAUAAAAAAUUAAAAUUAAAAAAAAGAUUAUAUAACAGAAUUUGUUCUGUUUGGGGGAGGGGCACAGAAGGCCCUCCUGUGCGUCCUGAAUUGAGCCACCACCGCUGGUCCCUGUGCUCAGUGGGCACAGACGGAGCCUCACUGUGUGAGUCUGUCAGGUCCCGUCGGUGCCACUGGCUUUUUGUGCAUCCUGAAUAAGGGCUCCAUUUCUCUCCUUCCCUGAGAGACGCGUGGAAUCAUCCCGUGAAAUCCACCUGGGUCUGUAUUUACAAGAAGCACAGCCGCACUGGUCCUGCCGUGCACCUGUGCUCUGGGUUGGCUGUAAGGGGGUCUGCUUUGUGGUGGGUCGUGCGCUUCAUUCCCUAGCUGGCAUCCAUUGAUUCA